GACCAUCUCUCCCUUCUCUUCAGCCUUUCUGGUCUGGUUGACUCUUCUUCUUCUUCUUCUUCUUCUCUUCACCUUUUCUUCUGAAGUUUUCCUAUCGGUUUACUUCUAGCUGCAGGAGUCAGGAGGAUUUGGGGCCUCAACGUCUACACAUUAUUCUUGAAUCUUGACACGAGUUUGAAAUGUCAGCUAAAGGUGUGAGUAUAGAGUGAUUGGAGAUAAUAGUUGCAUAUUCCUUAAAGGUUGAGGACUUGAGGGUUCUGCUAAAGUACUAAACAAUGAUGGCUGAUGAGGAUAGAAAUCUAGUGGAAAUUUUGGAGGAGCACACUGUAAUUGACAUUGCGAAAUAUAUCAAUUAUGUAAGUGCUCCAGAGGCAGGUGCUAUUGCAACGUUUUCUGGUACCACGCGCGACACCUUUGAUGGAAAAGCAGUCUUGGAGUUGAGAUAUGAAGCAUAUGUUCCCAUGGCAAUACGAUGCAUGAAAUCCAUUUGUUCAUCUGCUAGAUCUUCCUGGAAUCUUGUCUCCAUUGCAGUUGCCCACCGCCUUGGCCCGGUUCCUGUUGGUAAAACGAGUGUUUUCAUUGCAGUCUCAUCUGUUCAUCGAGUUGAUUCAUUAGAUGCUUGUAAGUUUAUAAUUGAUGAGAUAAAGACGUCAGUUCCAAUAUGGAAGAAGGAGGUCUAUAGUAAUGGAGAGGUUUGGAAGGAGAACUCAGAGUUCUUGGAGAGGAGGUUGGAUCUCGGGAAAAAAGAAGGCAUAUGUAAUGAGAAAGACUCUGAAGCACAAAGACAUAUUAGGAAGAGCUGCUGUGGUGCUAAGGUAAAGGUUGUAGAAGAAGGAGAUUCUGUAAUUAGCAAACAUGAAGCUCACCAAGAUUUGUAAGAAAACAUUACCCUUUCUUGGAAAAGAGAUAACAGUUCAUCAUCAAUAAAGCUACUGAAGAGGAAUAUUUGGAAUAAAGCGUGAUCAAAAGUCUCAAAUGGAGGGUUCUAAAAUCAGAGGAGUUGUGAAGUGCCCCCAAUAUUUUCAUUAAAUCCUUUUUCCUUGUUGUAUAAGAAUCUUAAUGUUGCAAUGAAGCUGAGUUUUCAUGCAUAUUUCAACUUCUUGAAUGCGACUAUAACCUGGCGCUUGGAGCAAGCAUAAGAAAUUUUUACUUGACAUUC